UCUCAGUGCGUAAAUGCCGGAUCGAAAACAAACCAAUUAUCGGAAAACUUUCAGGCAAAACAUUCUACGUUAACAAGACCGGUGUGUGACGGGCUCACUUGUGUGUAUUGAUACUUUGCGAACCGCACGGAAUCGAAAGGCAUAAAAAUGUGGCCAUUAAUUAUGCAAUUCCUACGCUCCAAUGCCCCCUAUAUAACGCUUCCAGUGGCUGCGGUUGUUGGUGUGAUUGGUUACAACAUCGAAAGCCUGCUCUCGGACAGAUACACGCCGUACAGUCCGUCUAUUCAAGAAAAACGAGCAGAGCGCAUAACCGAAGACGACAAGCUGAAAGAUGCAACUCACGUGGAAAAGCUGGUGUACAAGGAGAACGUGCUAGGAAGGAAUCUGUCCCCAUCGUUGCAGACAGAACCAUAAGAUCAGCGACGGCCUUCGAGUACUUAAAACAACGUCGAACUAAGACGAACGGUUGUAAAUAAAGCACGGGUUGUUGCUUUUAAACAAAAAAUGUAUUGCU